AUGGACUCGCUUGUUAACCCGAAGUCCAGGGAUGAAGUUGAUCCAGCACUCCAGGAGCUUGAAUCCCGCCAAGAAGAGAUUUUGAAACGCUUGCAUGAAUUGAAAGCUGCUGUGGAUGGGCUCUCAAAACUGAUCCAGACACCCGAUGCAGACUUUGAUGCCACUAACAUAAUUCAAGCUGAUGAACAUGCUCCUCUGACCGUCAGCUCUGCAGAACUUGAUAGUUUACUUGGCAAGGACUAUGGCGCUCUAAAGGAUAUCGUGAUCAAUGCCAACCCCUCUUUCCCUCCAUUAUCAUUGUUAAUACUCCACAGUUUGCUGUGUGAGAACUACAAGAUACUUUCAACUGUUCAUACACACUCAUCUGUGAAAAAAGUGCCAGAAAACCUCCUCAAAUGCUUUGGUGAGCAGACAAAGAAACAAUCGCGCCAUGAAUACCAGUUGGGAUUUACUUUAAUUUGGAAAGACGUGCCAAAACCCCAGAUGAAGUUCAGCAUUCAAACCAUGUGCCCCAUCGAAGGAGAAGGAAACAUUGCUCGGUUCUUGUUCUCCUUACUUGGCCAAAAGCAUAAUGCAGUUACAGCCACUCUGAUAGACAGCUGGGUCGAUACUGCCAUCUUCCAACUCCAAGCAGGAAGCAAUAAAGAAAAAGCAGCAGUUCUGCGAUCCAUGAAUGCAACCCUUGGCAAGACCUCCUGGCUGGUGGGCAAUGAAUUGACGGUAGCGGAUAUUGUGGCCUGGUGCGCCCUUCAGCAGACAGGGAGUACGGAUGCUGUUCCAGCCAACGUGCAGAAAUGGCUCCGAUCUUGUGAGAAUUUGGCACCUUUUAAUUCUGCUCUCAAGUUAUUAAAGUAAAUUUCUAUCCUGUGGACAGGCAACCAAAUUCAACGUUUUCUACAUCUUAUGUUCUGGCUAUGAAUCUGGGAUGUUUGUUGGACGAAUGAGAUUUUAGAAAUAGUCAAGCUGUAAUGCCAAUAAAGAUAUCAGAAUUGUC